AUGUCAUCACUUGCCUUUAGAUCCUUGAAGAAUGGGUUUGCUUUGAAAAACUCAUUAAGAGCAUUUUCCACUUCAACCACUAGUUUAUCUAAUAACUACCAACAUCCAGAUUUCAGUAAUUACUUAAAUAAUAGAGGUGAAGAUAAAAGUAGAAACAUGACAUAUUUCAUGGUUGGAUCCAUGGGGUUAUUGGGUGCUGCAGGUGCUAAAUCUACUGUUGAAGCUUUUCUUUCAUCAUUAUCAGCAUCUGCUGAUGUUUUAGCUAUGGCUAAAGUCGAAGUCAAAUUGGGAGCCAUUCCAGAAGGUAAGAAUGUUAUUGUUAAAUGGCAAGGUAAACCAGUUUUCAUUAGACAUCGUACUCAAGAUGAAAUUGAUGAAGCAAACAAAAUUGAUAUUACUUCAUUAAGAGAUCCUCAAAAUGAUGAUGAUCGUGUUAAAAAACCAGAAUGGUUAAUUAUGUUGGGUAUCUGUACUCAUUUGGGUUGUGUUCCUAUUGGUGAAGCUGGUGAUUUUGGUGGUUGGUUCUGUCCAUGUCACGGUUCCCAUUAUGAUAUUUCCGGUAGAAUUAGAAGAGGUCCAGCUCCAUUGAAUUUAGAAAUCCCAACUUAUGAUUUCACCGAUGAUGAAACUUUAUUAGUUGGUUAA